AUGUAUCUCGCUGCUUACGGUUCGAACGAAUAGACUACCGUAUUAAACCAACCUGACGAUUUUUAUACACGCAAUAAUAUCUACGCUGCCGUGGAAACGAGAUAGACAGCGAUUACUGGAAAGAUCUAAUUGACACAAAUUAACACAUGAUAUUUUGGACAUUUCCCUGAUCAGUUUCGGAGCCAGAAUUACAUCAAAAAUGGGGACAAGCUGUUCUUCUACACGAAGUGUCAACGGAGAUUCUACUGCAAACUUGGGUACCCACUGCACCAGCCAGCCUCCGUCCGAAGACAAGGAUCCGCCCUCCCACCCUGACAAACAACCCAGCAACCCUCCUCUUCAGGAGAUCGCCCCACCCCCGCAGUCCGAACCCUUCCAACCUGCCAGGCCAGAAGUGCCUAUGCCAGUUCCCCAACCGUCUCCGUCGCCCGGGAAACCGCCUCCGGACAAGUCGUCCUCGUCCCACCCAAACCUGUCGCUCUACGAUGAUGAAGUCCGUAACAUGCUUCUGGGGAGGAUCUCUGUGGUCAAGUGCAAAGUCAAACCAAAGAUGAUCCGUGUCUACGUCAGUGCAUCACAUGACGACUCUGAAGUGGAGAGAAGUGCGCUGAUGGAGAAGAUCUAUCCUGGCCUGCGGGAGUACUGCGCCAGUAAGGGCUACGAGUUUGAUGUGGUUGAUCUACACUGGGGCAUCUGGGAUGCUAGGAUACGAGACGAGAGAUUCUUGGACCAGUGCUUCAAUGAGAUCAGGAACUGCCAAAACCUUUCAACAGGACCUAACUUCAUUUCUUUCCUGAAUCAGAAGUAUGAGAGAUGUACAGCCCCAUUCCGGAUCCUUGCAUCGGCCUAUGACCGGUUACUGAAGAAGGUUGAUGUAGAAGAUGAUAAAGCAAUCCUCUCCCAAUGCUAUCAUCUAGACUCCAAUGCCACGCCCCCGGUUUAUGUCUACCGGGAUGAGGAGGGAGGCAGGGAGAACCAGGAGAAGGUGCACAAGAUACUGAGCAGCUGUUGGGGCAAGGAGGAGAAAGAGAUGUACAUGGCAUCAUUGCUUGAGAUGGAGACAGAGAAGGGAGUCUUCAGUCCCGAGAGCUCCAGUGAUAGCAUCAUGUGGACCCACAGGGUCUUCAAAGGCAUCGAUACCAGUGACUCAUCAGCCUCCAAUUACCUUGAUCUGGUGCAGACGGACGAUGGGAGAGAAAUCGAUAGUGAGUCCUCGGAGCAGCUUGCCCAGCUGACCAAGCGUCUCCACACCAAGGUCAAUGAGGGUAACUACAUGCCCUUUGAGGUUAACUGGGGACCUAAGGGUCUGGAUCCAGAUGGUGUCUCCACCCAUUCUCAGUAUCUGGAGAACUUCUGCAACCAGGUCCACACCAUCGUCAAGGAACUCAUCGACAGGGCCAUUGCUGAGAGGCAGGAGGAGGUCAAAGCAACUAGAAUCCAUCGUCGCCUGCAUGCAGAGCUCCAGCACCACACUACCCUCUGCCAGAAGCAUGUAGAAACAUUCCAAGGAUGUAGCGCCCUCACUGGCCAGAUCAGCAGCUACUUGAGCAGUGAGGACAAUGUCCCUCUGGUGCUGCAUGGCUGCACCGGUUGUGGCAAGUCUGCCCUUGCAGCCAUGACGGCCAAGAUGGCAGAGCAGGUCCUACCAAACAGCGCGUGCGUAGUCAGGUUCAUUGGGUCAUCACCGGAAUCAUCCACCCCUAAUCAGGUCUUCAGGAGUGUAUGUGAGCAAAUUGCUUACCUGUAUGGAGAGCAUAUAUCCAUUGGAGCUAGGGGCCUGAAGAGACUGCAUAAAGACCUCGCCCAGCUGCUCAAGAAGGUCACAGUACAGCGCCCUCUUGUGGUAGUCAUUGAUGGCUUGGAUCAGUUCAAUGACGACGAAGCUGAAGCUCUCAGUGCCAUCCCCAAGACCCUAGCUCCAUCGGUCAAGAUGGUCCUGACAACGAGGGGCAAGGACUUUGAAGGCUUCAGCAAACUUCAGAACCACCUGAAAGACAGUGCUCAAUUUAUUGAGAUACCUCCACUAGCCAAUGAUGAAGCUGCCAAACUAAGUGAAUCACUUCUCAAGAGUCAUCGAAGAACACUGUCUGAUGAUCAAUACAGCAUGUUACAAGACGCCAUUGCUGCAUGUCCGCACCCACUCUACAUCAGGUUAGCAUGCCAAGCAGCUUGUACAUGGCACAGCUAUGACCCACCGGCGACUACAAAUCUUGGCAAGGAUGUGUUGUCGCAAUUCAGAAUGCAUCUUGAAACAAUUGAAAAGCGGUACGGCAAGAUGGCAGUCGCGAGAUCCCUUGGAUACUUGUCAAUAGCCAGGGACGGCAUCUCUGAUGCUGAGAUGAACGAUAUACUCUCAUGUGAUGAGGCUGUGCUGAAUGAACUGUACGCACAGAGGACACAAGUUUUGAGACGCGUGCCAAGUUUAUUAUGGGUAGCCCUCUGUCAAGAGCUUGGUCCGUGUUUACAAGAGUGCAACGUUAACGGACGGUACUUAAGAAGUUGGGGACACUCUUGUUUUAGGGAAGUGGUAACCAAGCAAUAUUUAUCUAACGAUAAAGAUCGCGUGCAGCUACAUAUGACCAUCCAAGACUACUUCCAGGAUAGAUGGUCACUGGGAAAGAAAAAGCCCUAUGUUGGUGAAGGUGGAAUUGAAAUGGUCAUGGACAGGCUGGUGUUGACCCAACCUAAUGAGUUUGGCAAAGUGGACAAUCUACGGAAGUUUAGAGAAGUCAGUUACCAUGUUUUCCACACUGGAGACAAGAAAUUUGUGGACAAGUAUGUGUGGGAUAUUGAUUGGCUGGUGAAAAAACUAACUUAUUGCGAUGUGUAUGAUGUGCUUGAGGAUGUGCGGUUGGCUCAGACAAGAGAUGCAUCGAAUCAGGAUCUACAACUGAUGGAAGAGUUUCUGCAGUUGUCCGCGUAUGCUUUAUCAUGCUCAGGAUCUCAGCUUUUCACUCAGCUCAUACAGAGACUGGACAAAUCUAUUGAAAAGAACAAGAGUAAGCAUCCCCACAUGAGUAAGCUGCUUCAGGUUGCCAACAACCCCCCUCAUAUUAGUUUCUUCCCCUCCACAUCUUGUCUCCUUAAGGUCAGUGAUGCCAAGGAUGAAGCCCUUGAUGAAGACAACGAGAAGUCCAAGGAACCUUCGUUGACCCAGCUCUACAAGGUUAAGUCCCAGCCGUGGUAUAUGGUGUCUGUGUCACCUGCGAAUGGGGAGUUGAUUGUGUGGGAUAUAGUCUCUCAAAAACCCGUCAGAACGUUGAAGGGCAUUGACAGCCCCCGCGAUAUUUGCUUCAUCGAAGCUCACCGCGUUGUUGUCUUGUGUAAUCGGGAGCUGAAGAUAUACAACCUUGACACUGGUACCUUCGAGACAAAGCUUUUGGGCAUCAUGAAUCAACAAAUGCCAUUUUUCGCGCUGCAUGACAAGGAUCAUGUUGUGGCCCUCUCACGGAACCGUAUGUACGUCAACAUUAUCAACGUGGGAACUGGAGCCAUUGUGGCCACCUUCAAGGCUGGUGAGGAUAGGUUCCUCAACAGUCUGUUGGUCAGUGCCAAUGGUCAGAGAUGCGUCUGUGGAGACGGAACCCAGAAGCCUAGCCCACUCCUGGUUUGGGAUCUGAAUGCCAGGAAACUCAUCCAUGACUUCAGGAUUCAGCAGCAUGAGUUUGUCACCCGAAUGGCAGCGAUCUCCAAUGAUGGUCACUACGUGGUCUCUGUCAUCAAGGAGUUGGAGGAUCCAACACGCAACUUUGUCAUUGUCUAUGACCUUCAAAGCGGUCAGCUCUUCAAGAAAUGGAAGCCACCGGUCAACACCACAUGUGUGGCCAUCUCAUCGGAGGGAAUGUGCGUGGUCAACGGGUGCGAGGACUCAACCAUUCUGGUCUGGGACCUGGCUUCAGGAUCUAUGAAGUACUCCCUGGAGGGACACACCCAUCCAGUAGAUAGGCUAUACCUAUCAGACAAUGGAACAGUCUGCCUCACAUAUGAUUCAACACAUCAGGAUCGUACCAUCAGGGCCUGGGAUCUCCAGAAAGGUACGUGUCUCGCAGCCUUCACGCCUGACAAACCAAUCAGCUGCUGCCAGAUAUCUGCAGAUGGUACGUGUGCCGUGAUUGGUCUGCAGGGACAGAGGGAAAUUGUGUCUCUAUGGAUACGCUCCAAAGGCUCCGCCCCAAUACCCAAGGAUGCAGGAACCUUUGGCGAUUCGGCACGAAAGGGGGAGGAAUUUGAUGUUAAUCCCUCCGAGAGUUAAUGAGACCUAAAACCUGUAGGCGGUAGAUAGUGGCCAACGUAUGCAGUCUCGGAUCUCGCGAGUUUGAAAUAUAUAAUGGCAAGAAUUUCAAUGAAAAUUUUUUUUGAUUCCUUAUUGGAAUUAUUUUGCAUUGCUGAAAUUCUAUAAUGAAAAUCUGACAAUUCAGCUCAAUGAUUGCAUUAUGGAAAUCAGUGUCAAAGUAUGAUAUUUCUAGAUGUAAUCAAUGGAUUUAUAUUAUAUUAUCUAGAACUCAUUAUUGGAAUCUUGCAAUGCAAACUUGAUCUCUUCAAUUUUGUUAUUAAAAGUUUAUCGGUGUGGAUUGUCGUUACAGGAAUGGUAGGAUGUGUCACAUCAGUGCCCUGAAGAACAUAGGCAUUUUUUUUCAUACCAAUGCUAUCCUACAUCUGUAGGUUAUUAGUGGGGUGUUUCACAAACAGUUGAGUAUGACUUAGGGUAGCACUUAAAGGUCCAGUUGUGUGCGGUAUAAAAGGCAUUACCGCAUUGGUCAAAUCGUGAUAAUAGGAUGCACGCUACUGCGUAGCAAUCAAUAAGACUACGUGUUACAUACAUGUAUCAUGUGCGCGUCAGUAUUUAAGAAUAACUCCAAGUAUAAAGUUUUUGUGAAACACCCCCAGGAAUGAUUAGAAAAUGGCAUAGAAUAAAUGCAAUGGAAUUUCAUGGUGAGGCAUUGCUUGAACUUUUCAUGCGGAACCUCUAAAUUGGGAAGAGAGAGAGACACUGCCUCAUCUUGCAAUGAGUUGCAAUUGAUCCAAUUUAUCACAACUAUGGAAAGCAGAUUAUACCAUUGUUUUACCCAAUUAGCAUGCAUCUGGUUUCUUCAAGGGGACAAUGCAUGCAUAAUAAUAAAAAAGCAUGACACUGAUUGUUUUCCAUAAUUGAGGAUGAUUUGAUGAACUACUACUGUUCACAAGACUUGGCUCAGGAGCAAAAAUCAUCGCUCUGUGAAACCAAAUCCUGUUUCAUGAAGCUCUUUUUAACUGUCUGUGACAAACAACGGUUAUAAGCUACUGACAUUGUGCGAUUUGAUUGGAUAAGAGUAAAUUUUGGUACAUCUGGUAUCUGAUAAGUAUAUGAAACGGGGGCCUGAUGGUGGUUGCUAGUGAAGAAGUUUGAAGUUGACAUUCAAAUAUUUAUUCUAGUUUAAUGUAAAAAUUUGCAACAUGACUGCCAAAUUUAUCAGUUCACAAAAGUGGAAUGAUAAUUAUCAUUAACGCUUUAGAGAGUAUGAAUUGUUUAAAAGUCAAAAUUAUUUGAUGUUUGAUGUCAUUUUAAGGGGAAAAACAUAUUUUCUGUAUUAAAAGUCAAUCAUGAUAGCCAUUGAUUAAUUAUAAUGGAUUUUUGUGGUUAUUUGUCACAGGCAAUCAUGGAGAAUGGUUACAAUAAUGUCUAAACUGUUGUCAAAGCAUACAGAAAAUAUAAGUUGUAUAAUGAGUGUAGUUAAACUUUGAUUAUUUUUUUGUUCCAUCAAGAAAUAUAUUCUGUAAAAUGUUACAAAUGGAGGACAAUUUGUAGUCUUCAAAGGCAUUUUUCUUGGUCAUCAUUAUUUUUAUCCUCAACAUCAUUACAUGUGGAGAGCAUUUCAUGAAACAAUUAGUCAUUGAUUUUUACCGACAGCUGUUAUAAGCAACUAGAAAUCCUUGGAUCUGAUUGGCUGAGAGUAAAUUUGUCAGUGGAAAUUACUGACUAAACUCUUUAUGAAAAGCCCCCCUGUUAACAAUAACAUCUAUGUGCUGUAGCUGGUGCAGGGACUUUAUCUAUUGCGCAUUAAAAAAAUUGAAAGAAUCAUACAUUUAUUGCAAGGGUUAUGCAAGGGUUUUGCAAGUGUUAAAUCAAAAUUUUCAAGAACAUUGGACUGUAAAAAUGCAGUGGAGAUUAUGAAGUAAUGAUUUGGUUUGUUAUUGAUUGAGAUCAUGAUGUUGAUAUUUCAAAUAUUCCAAAUUCAGGAUUGCUGUCAUCCUCACAUGAAGCAAUGAGAUUCCAUAAUACAACACAAAAGCUUAGAAAUUCAUUGUACAGUUUAUUUGUAUAAUUGAUUAAUGUAAUCAAUUUUAAAUAUUAGCUUUGCAAUCAAGUGCUAGGCCUUGUGUUCACAAGCACAUAAGUGUAUUGUGUUAGGAUGACAUAACAAUCACAACUGAAUUGCUAAUUUGUUCGAAAACUUUUAAGAUUUUAUAAGACAUAUAAUUUCAAGUUAUGUCCUCUUAUUCUCUGCAUUUUUACUGAACCAUUAUAUCUCUUUUUUCCACUUCCAUUUUUAAAUGAAAUCGGACUGGAAUCUCCCUUACAAAGAGCAGCUUUCAUAUUUUUAUGAGGAGAUAUUGAGUUCAUAUUUUGAUUGCAACUCAUACUACGGUUUCAAUGUAGGAAUGAAUUGAUGAUUGGAAAAUUGGAAAUGGGAAAAUGAAUGUAAUACACGUUUGGAAACUGAAUAUGCAGGGUAUUGAAUUUGUCUGGUUGUACAUAUUUCUGUGUGGUAGUUAUGACAUUGACCUUGUCAUUGACCUUGACUUUGACCUUGUCAUGACCUUCUCAAGUAUGUUUCAUUACUUGCAAUGCAUAAAUCAUGGAUUUUAUGCAUAAUGUGCGUUUUUUGUUUGUGUGUCUGUGUGUGUGUUUGAGCUCUCGGCCAGUGCUCGACCCCCUAAUAGAUUCUCUUGUUGCCUCUAUCCACACAAAUAUUGUAUGUAGUGAGAAAAAUGGAGAGAAAGAGAGAGAAAGAAAAAAAACUUAAAAAUAACCUUGAUGUCUAUAAAUAACAUCAUCACUGUAUGAUUUCUUGUUGAGCAGAAGAACUCAAAACUUGCAUGGCAUGUUAUAUGUUCUUGUAAAAAAAACAAAGAAAAGAAAAAAAACUUUUUUCUUACUCUAGGUGAAGACCAAUGGUUGUGCUCAAUAAACACAAAGAACAAGCUCAAAGUUUUUUUGAAAGUGUAUUUGGUAUAUAGAAGUCUUAAAGUCAUUGCAUUUUGUAAGAGAGGUACAUAGAAAAAUCCCUCUACUAAUAAUGGGCAUUAUAUUUAUACAAUCUCAUCAUGCAUUUGUAAUUGAUAAGAGUGCUAACUUUCUGGAAUUAUGAAGCAGUUUAUGAAUAUGUCAAUACAGUGGGGAGACUACCAUUUUUUCCUUGUGUAUUACGAAACCCAAGGAUUCUGAAUCAUGCUCAAAGGACGUGUUGCCAAUCAUAAAAUGAUGGCAAUUCAAAGAUUGAAAUUAAAAUGAUUCAAAAGCACUCAAACAAUAUCUCUGUCUGGGUUCAUAGAAUGCACAGUAUAGCACUAGAUUGCGAAUGCAAUCAACACAAUGAAGUCAGCAUGAUUUUUUUUUCUUCAUUUAGAGUGUCGACCUGAGUCAUUAGAAGCAUAGAGCCAGCAAUGACAACAGUUGUAGACUGUUGCUGAAAAAGGUCAACUGCUUAUUCCUGUAUCCCAAACUUCCAAUAAUGAUUUGGUAAUGCUCACAGGGAAGGUUGUUUGAUUAUUCAUACAUUUCAAUAUCUGAGUAUUAAAAUGCAUUGGUAAAGAUUGAAUAAGUCACUGACCUUAAAUUACUAAGUACCUCCUGUUUGCAAAGUUGUACAGGGACUGUUCCGAGUCCCUUAACACAAAGUUUAGCAAUUGUAUACUUGAUUUUCAUUGUUGUCAAUGCAAUCAAUCGCAACAAAUAUUCUGCAAUCAUUGCUAAGCUUUGUGUUAUGGGCCCUGGUUUCCUUUUCAGUAGGUUAUAACAUGGACCUAUAAGAAAUGGACGAUUAACGCGAGCAUUCUUUUGAUGCAAUCAUAGUCGCCGUCUCCUGAUUAUGUGCAUAUUAAUGAUAACAUACAGGUGCUUUGACAAUAGCGACUACCAAGGCGAAUCUGAUCUUCACAAAGGAAUGUUUUGCUCUUUUUGCCGUUUGUUGGCUGAUGUCUUGUAGCAGAUUAUACCUUUCAAUUAAGAUGUUUCAGAUUUGGAACAGCAAAUUGAGAAGCAGACGAUUUUUGUGAUAUCAAAUUUAUUAUUAUCGAUUUGCACGCUUCUGCACACUCAUAAUGACUUUUCUAACAACGAGAGGGGGAUGACCCCUACAAGAAACCCACCAUGUUUCUCUGGAAUAUUAUGAGGAAAUCUUUAAAAUGUGAUUAUAAAUUACAAUCAAUCAAUUUCAUUUCAGCCUCUAUCUUGAAAUAUUCAUACAUUUUUCCAAAUAAAAACCAUGGAACUAAGAUAACCAUUUGUAAACCAGAACUGCACAUUAAUUUCCGAGAAUUCAGGUAAUUUAUUACCUUCUGCGCAUACAAUUUGUCUAAUGUUAAAUGUCUAAUCACCGAAAGCCUCUGUAACUCAUGGUUUAAUUGACGGCGACCAUGAUGGUAUAACAGGAGAUAAAUAUGAAGAGAAUGUUAUUCACAUGACAAUGACAGUCAGAUGUUAGUGAAUUCAUUAACUAACCGAUGAAUGUCCAGCUUUCAUAGGUCCAUGGUUAUAAUAACUUCAAUUUAAACAGGGGUUGGGUUUCAACCUAACUCUUACACUCAACAAAGCUAAUUUUAUGAAAGGAUAGCAUUAUCAAUGUUUGCUGAUGUAAGGCUUUGGGCCUUUUCCCCUGUCACGUUCUUAUCCUAAUCAUUAUGUAACUAUCAUUUGAAUACCUGUGUAGGAAGAAAAAAGAAUACAGCUGUGCACCAGUAUAUUUCGUAGGUCAGAUGUUUUUUUUCAUGUCACUUGAGCUAUUUAUUACAUCAUUUUGUCAUCGAUAAAACCUCAAAACCUGUGUGUGCUUGUAUUUGAUACUACAGUUGCUCAUCGGCAUUUCCUCAAACAAGUACAGUUCUCCUCUCGUCUCUUACUUUUCCCCUCUCUACUCCCCCGUCUUUGUUUGGCAUUGCCUGUCUAUCUCUGUAUCUAUCUCUCUAAAUUCUGUUUCUGUUUGUCAAUCUUUCACACUCUCUCUGUCUCUCUUCCUCUCUCUGUCCCUCCCUCUUUCUAUCUCUCUGUCUCUAUCCCUGUCCCUGCCUUUCUCCCGCUUCUCUCUCCCUCUCUCACACCUUCCCUGUAUACCCUUUGAUUAUCAGAUCACCCCCUUAGCCCCCUUCCGCUAUCACCCUUUUCUCUCUCACAGCCACCACUUCUUUUCAUUCCUAUGGUAGUGUAAAGACGAAAUGAUAAUUUGUGUCCAUGUGUGCAUUUAUAGGUUAUAGAAGUUGUUGUUGUUGUGGACGUGAGCCUGAUGAUUUCCAAACGAUGUGUAUUCUUCAGGUCUUAUAAUAAUAAUAAUGUGGUCUUGAGCAGCAUAUUUGAUGAUCGAUGCUGUCCGUUAUUGUUAAUCUAGAGUUGCCAAAUAAAAUUAUAAGCUCGAUCAAGAGAAGGGGUUGAAAGAAAAAAGGAAAUCGAUGAUGAUUUAUUUAUAUUGUUCUGACUGUAAAUAUCUGCAAAUAUUUGACCAAUAUUCUGUUUAAUUGUGAUAAAGAGAUACUGAUAUAGGAAUGGUCGUUAUCUUGAUAUGAAAUUCAUUGGAAUUGGAACGAAGGAAUAUUGGGGUGCAUAUAAUGAAUUGUAGAUAUACAGAUUCUCUUUUUGAUGUUUACAUGUAAAGGCUGAUAAGAAGUGGGAAUCUCCGUGAUAAUCUGAAUGUAUUGAAAGCAUAGAUAAGGAGGUUGUGAAGGGAGAGCUAGCAGCGACUUUCUCUCACUCAUAUUUCUUUUGCUGUGUCUCAUAUGCAAUAGAUGUCAUGAUUGAAUAACAAGCUUCUGUUGAACCUGUGGAGUUGAGUAUGUAGUGUUGCGUUUUGUCGACGCAAAGCGAAUUAGAGUAGGCCUGCGUAUGGACAACUAUGAAAGCUGAUUUUGAUAUUAAAUAAUUGUGAAUAACCUUCAGACAGGGAUGAGAGUUUACCUAUAUGAAGCUGUUUUGAUGUGUUUAAUACUCUUCUACAUGUUAUAGUGAUGAGAGAUUUGAGUACUAGAUAAUCAAAGAUAGUUUGAGUUUGUGAUGUAGUGAUUUGAAAAUAGCUUUGUACAGGGAAAUCAUUUUUUUUUUUAAUAUUUACUUAUAACAUCAUUGACUACUAAUAAAUGUGCUUGUAAUGAUAUAUGAUAUUGUGACUUCUUAUGUUUUCCUUUAAAGGGAAAUAGCAUAAAUUAUACUCAUUGUAGUUGUAUUGGAUAAAUUGAUGUACAAAGUCUGUGAAAAUCAACGUAUAUGUUACAUGUAUGGAGUUGUCCAGUAAUGUAUGUGCUAAAGGAUCAUAUAGGCUAUAGCUUUUCUCUGUUAUUAGGGGUAGAGAGUGGGGUCUGAGUUCAUACAAUUAUAUAUUAUGAACAAGAAAAUUUUUACCAAUGCAUAUGGUAGUAUCUUGAUUUCUUUUUUUUUUUGUAGAAGAGGAAAAUAUGUGUUGAGAUUGUAUGUACUGGAUCUUUCUGGAUCUCUUCUCAUGCAUUCUAUUCCAGAGAUAUUUUUGGAUGUUUCAAACCAUUGAUGUUAGUUCCUACCAUAUACUGCUUGGAAUCCUGCGCUCUAUGCACUGAUUAUAUGUUAUGGGUGGUUUGUGUUUGGUCUCUACCAAAGUUUAGAGCUUCUUUUGAUAUGCAAAAAUGAAUCAACAUGACUGAAAUAAGCAGGAAUUUCAAAGUAAACAAAGUGUAUAUGUAUUCAAACCGAUAUUAUGGGCCUAGACUGCAGUCCCACAUGUUUGAAUUCUUGUCGGCAGCACGUCUGUGGGCGGUGCAUACAAGGUCAUGGCUUCAAACUCUUUUCUUCAAGGCAUUAGCAUAUGGAAUAACAUUUGUAGAAGCUCUUUUAGGACAGGUUUUCUCAUGCUGCAUUGAGAAUCAGAAAAAAAAUGGAUGUUCAAUCACUUAUUCAGUACUGUCUUGAGUGUUAUUAUCCAUCGGUUCAUCCACAUUUUGCACAAAAUCAUUUGUCCGUGUGAGUUGAAUUAGCAUCCAUUUCUGUGUCUCUAUCAAAUCAAUAACAAAUGUGAAAAUGUAAUAAACUUCAUCACUGCAUUGUUCCCAGAAACAUUCCGUUCGUUGAAUUGAUCAUGGACAGAAAAUGAGAAAUUCUUACUGCAACUAAUACUCUUGUUGGAGUCAAUGUUUAGGAGAUAAAAAGGGAAGAAACUAUUAUGUGUAUAUGUGUUUUUACUAAACCCUCUUCUGUCUCGAAUUCUUAUGCGGAAUUGAUUACUUGUAUUAAUGUGAACGAAUUUGACAUUUUAAAAGAAUAAAGUAAUCAAGUAUUCUAUAUAAUUGAUGAGAGGAAGAUUGAUGUAAGAUGAUAAAAUUAAUGAGAAUAAUAAAAUGGAUCCGAGAUGUCGGCCUCCUCUGUCGCA